UACAAGGACUGCAUCGAACGAACGAAGAUUUUGUUCUAGGAAAUUGAUGAUCAGUGCCAGAGAGUAAAGAAAAUUCAUACAAGUCUUAAUAAAGAACAAGCUAUUUCUUACCUGCAAAGGCAGAUUCUAUUCAAGCCGAAUCUAUCCGAUCACAGUUGCGCAGUGAGAUAGGCCUAUAAAGCAUCGAUAAUCCUUUACUUUCUGAUCGCUUCUCAUUUUUCAUUCGUACAUUAUUUUGCGAAAUCCCAAUUGAAGUGCAUUAUGUUCUGAUGAAUCUUUUUCUUAUUACUCUGUUCGACGUUAGCGCGGUUUUUGGUACGUCAGUGCGGUUAAAUUUUUAAAAUUCUUUAUGCCGCCUUAAAUUAUGCAUACGACGCAUGAGGUAGGAAAUGCCACGACGACCUCGUAAUUCUCGGAACCGAAACCAGCAGCGACAGCAGCCAGAAAAUCCGGACGACAUGCAGGGCGGCAAGUCUGGGCGUCGGGAGAAGCCCGUACAGCGCAACGCCGCCAACGCCAGGGAGAGAACCCGCAUGCGCAUCCUGGCGAGAGCGUUCUGCCGCCUGAAGACGACGCUGCCGUGGGUGCCCCCUGACACGAAGCUCUCCAAGCUGGAUACCCUCCGCCUUGCAGCCUCAUACAUCGCCCACCUGCGCGGUGUGCUCACCGACCCCACCCACAACACGGCGCAGUACGACGCGCGUCUCUCGUGGCCGUACGCCGGCCUGAGCACUCGCGACCCUGCGCUGCUGCCUUGCAAUGCAGCUCCUGUCUCCUUCAGCAGCUCCAGCUACGCGGAGUGUGGGACAGCAGGAUGCGGAGAUAUACCACGCUACAUGGCCCACUGUUCAACUCCCAUCUACAGCAGCCCAUGUUGAACCUCCGCAACCCCCUGAUUCUGAUUAACCUUUUUGGGGUCAAUGUGAACUCGAGUCUGCGACCAAAUAUUUGCGCCACUCAGACCCGCAAGGCGAAGUGGUAUGCCUAUACGAAAAGCAGUUGCUAUAACCGGACUGGAUGUCUGCACCAAUAGCCAGCCUCUCCUCUCUGUGCCAGUCUCUCCUCCAUGAGCCAACUGGUUACUCUUCCUUCAUCAGGAAUCAGCAUUCAUGUUUAUUAUUAAAAUUAGUUUAGAUGUGUUGUAAUGUGUCUUGCUUGAUGUACUAUGGUGAUGGUGCUUUCCAAACGUUAUUUUUAACGCAGUAAUGUACUGAAUAAAUUGUUAUAAGCUACUAUUGUGAGUUUCAGUACACCGUUUGAAAGUUCUUGCAAUUAAAAUACACAGACAAAGGUUGAA